AUGAAGCUUGACUUUGACUUAUUAUUUGGAAGACGAUUGUUAACAUUUAUUCAUAUUCUAUUUCCUGAUUUUAAAAGUACAACAACAUUAUUGGUUUUUUUAUUGUUAAUUAUUGCAAUUCUUGAUCAAAUAGCUACUUAUUUUAUUGGAAUACUACCAAGUGAAUUUCUUGUUAUUUUGGGUAAACGUGACAAUUAUAAUUUUAAAUAUCUUGUAUUCAAAGCAACAAUUUUUAUCAUUUUCAAGGCUUUUAUCCUUUCUUUGGUAAAAUAUUUAUCAUCAUUACUUUAUAUAAAAUGUCGAGAAAAUUUUAAUUAUAUAAUUCAUCGUUUCUAUUUUAAAAGACAUGGUUUCUAUCGUCUUAAUGCUAUUGGACAAAAUAUUGAUAAUCCUGAUCAAAGAAUGACACAAGAUAUUGAGAAAGCAACACGAAUAUUUUGUACUGAUUUAUUAUGUCCUAUCAUUUUAUCACCACUAAUUAUAAUUUACUAUUCAUAUUUAACAUUUAUCUCAGCUGGAUGGAUGGCACCAGUAUCAAUAUAUAUAUAUUUUAUUAUUGCUACUUUAACUAACAAAAUACUUAUUUCACCUAUUGUUUCACUUACAAAUGAACAAGAAAAAAGAGAAGGUGAUUUUAGAUUAAAACAUGUUGAAGUAAGAUGUAAUACUGAAAGUAUUGCAUUUUAUCAAAGUGGAUUAUUAGAAAAUGUUUUAGCAAAUCAAAAAUUAAGAAAAUUAAUAAAAACUCAAAAAGAACUUGUGUAUAAACGAUUUAUUCUUAAUUUUAUUACUAAUACAUUUAAUUAUUUUGGUGGGACACUUAGUUAUUUGAUUAUUGGUAUUCCAGUAUUUUUAACAAAAUCAUAUGAUAAUUUAACAAUUGAUGAAUUAACAGCAUUAGUUUCUAAAAAUGCUUUUUUUUAUAUAUAUUUAAUUCAUGCUUUUACAAAUUUAAUUUCAUUAUCAGAUAAUUUAGGAGCAUUGGCAGGAGUGACUCAUCGUGUUGUUGAAUUAUUUGAAGAAUUACGAAGAUUACAUGAAGAUCGCUUAGAAACUGAAAGACCUCCCUCAACAGUUCCAUCAAGUAUUGUUAUACUUGCUUCUAAAGAUAAACAAAAAUCUCAUGUAUUUAAAAAAUUAAAUUGUACCAAAAAACAAGAUGUAGUUGUUGAAUCAGGUUUAAAGAAAAUUGAACAAUUGCAUGGAAAGCAAAUAAAAAAUAUUAUAGAUGCAGAUAGUGAUAAUGAAGAGGCUGAAUGUUUGCUAGAUGAAUUACAUGUUUCUAAUUUAUUAGAUAAUGGAAGAGAAAGAUUACCAAAUGAUCCUUUUGGUUCUUUUUCUGAUAAUGAAACUGUACUAAAGUUUGAUCAUGUUACUAUAUCUAGUCAUUUUGAUAAUUCAACAACUCUUGUUCAUGGAUUGUCUAUUAAUCUUAUAAGUGGUAAGAAUCUUUUGAUAACAGGAGAUAGUAGUAUUGGAAAAACUUCAAUAUUACGAGUGAUGGCUGGUUUAUGGAGUCCCUCUUCUGGUAAAGUUGAUAGAUUAUGGAAAAUAAAACCAUCCACAUUUUUCUUUACCCCACAAAAAACAUACUUCCCAUUUGGAGGAUUAACGCUUCGUCAACAAAUAGUAUAUCCAUUAAAAGCUCUUUCAGUUGAAAAUGAUAUUCCUCAAUUUCAAUAUAUUUUAAAAUCUCUUCAUCUAACGAAUUUACAGAAUCGUUGCGGUGGUUUUGACAACCCUAUUGAUUUUGAUCUCAACGAAAAUUUAUCACCCGGAGAAUUACAACGUCUUGCUAUUGCUAGAGUUUUAUAUCAUAAACCUAAAUUUGCUUUUCUUGAUGAAAGUACAAGUGCUGUAGGAUUAGAAAUGGAAACAAUUAUUUAUAAACUAUUAUUAGAGUUUAAUAUCAAUUUUGUAUCUGUUGGCCAUAGAAACUCAUUAAGACAAUUUCAUGAUAAAGAAUUAAAAUUACUUUCUAAUGGAAAUUGGAAGACAUCAGAUAUUGAUUCUGUUUCAAUAUCUAGCAGUGGUAAAAGUUUCAUUGGAAGUAAUUCAAUUUUGGCGAUUUAG